UUCAAAAGUGAUGUUUCCAUUAUGGCUCUCUGAAGCUAAACACUUCCUUUGAAUGUAAGAGGAAAGAUGGAUGCGUGCUGAAAUUUUCUUCUUCGUCUUAAUUUCAAGAACAUCUCUCCAGCAUUAAUGGACACUGCAUCAUUUUCUCUUGUUUGAGAGAUGCAAUGGAACCAAAUGAAUAUUCCGGAUGCUCCGAUGAAAACUCUGGACAGCACACUUGAGUGAAGUGCUGUUAGAGUUGUAUAUGUGAUUGUGUCUCUCUGCUUUGGCUUGUUCACCCAACGAUUUCUCCAAUGGACGUCAUUCUCAACUUGAUAACACCAGACUCCUCUCCAUCCACUUCCCCAACCAACACCAUUGAGAGACUGGAGGGCAGUCUCACGCUGGCUGCGUCAUAUGGGGGUGAUGGGUCGUUGGCGGGGGCAGAGGAUGCCAAUCUGGACCCCCAGCGCACACGGCAGGCGAUUGCACAACUGCAGCAGAAGAUUCUGAAACUCACCGAGCAGCUGCGUAUCGAGCAGGCAGCCCGAGAUGAGAAUGUGGCCGAGUACCUCAAACUGGCUAGCAGUGCCAACGACAAACAGCAGAGCACCCGGAUCAAACAGGUGUUUGAAAAAAAGAACCAGAAGUCGGCAGCGAGCAUCGCGCAGCUGCAACGCAAGCUAGAGCACUACCACCGGCGCCUGCGUGAGGUGGAGCACAGUGGUGUACAGAGGCAGCCCAAAGACGUGCUGCGGGAUGUGCAGCAGGGCUUGCGAGACGUGGGCACCAGAGUUAUAACUGGCCUCAGUGAAGGAGUGGUCGACAGCGUCAAAGGCGGACUGUCGAGUUUUUCUCACGCCACGCACUCUGCCGCCGGCGCAGUUGCCUCCAAACCUCGCGAGAUCGCCUCGUUGAUUCGCAACAAGUUUGGAAGCACUGACAACAUCAACGCUUUGAAGGAUUCUGUGGAGGACGGAGAGGAAUGCCUGGCCACCGGAGGGCGCUCUCUGGGGUCGGCUGUCGGCCACCUGCAGUCCAGUCCAAAGUUCGGGAGCGACGAGGAUUGUUCAAGUGCAACUUCUGGAUCGGCAGGAGCCAACAGCGUGACGGGGGCCCCCGGGGGCCCGCCCAGCUUGAGGGGGAACACGCUGGAGAGGGGCUGCAGCGGCAGCUUAGACAUUCUGUUGCAGGAAGUGCAGGACUUGCGUGAUGCACAGACACAGCUAGAAGAGACAGUGGAAAAUCUGAAGAGCAAUUAUCUUAAAGAGUGCACGACGAUGAUGCAAGCGCUGCAGGAGGAGCGGUUUAGGUGUGAGCGUUUAGAAGAACAACUGAAUGAUCUGACUGAACUCCAUCAGAAUGAGAUCUUGAACCUGAAGCAAGAACUGGCCAGCAUGGAAGAGAAGAUUGCAUAUCAGUCCAACGAGAGGGCCCGCGACUUACAGGAGGCUCUGGAGGCGUGUCAGACGCGCAUCUCUAAGAUGGAGCUUCAGCAGCAGCAGCUAGUGCAGUUGGAGGGUUUGGAGAACGCCACAGCGCGAACGCUACUCGGCAAACUCAUCAACGUGCUGCUGGCGCUUAUGGCCGUCCUGCUCGUCUUUGUGUCAACCGUCGCCAAUUGCGUCAUCCCGCUGAUGAAGACGCGAAGCCGCUCCGUCUCCUCACUGCUCCUCUUCCUCCUCUUCGCUGUCCUAUGGAGGAACUGGGAGACUUUCUCAGGACACACCUACCGCAUGCUGCACCCGCCGAGAUGACCAGCCAGUGGAGCUUUAGCUGCCAUUUGAUUGGACGGGGUAUUAGCCAAUUCCUUCCUAGUUCAAUAGGAUGGUAUGGAACAAAAAAUGUAGUCGAACUGCUGUUUUGAAACAUUUUGCACAUGUUUACAACUUUGAAUGCCUUCAGUGCAUUGAUUUUACUAUGAACUUUAAUUAGUUACAUUAAUAUUAUUUGUUUUUCUAAUGUUAUUGUUUUUUUAAGAAUGAUUUUAGAUCAAUGUAGCAUUAAAUGAAUUGUUCACACAAAAAUUAACAUUUUGUCAUUUAUUCACCUUCAUGAUGUUCCAAACCCGUAUGACUUCCUUAUGUGAAACACAAAAGGAUAAUGUUUUGAAGAAUCUGCACACAACUCUUUUCCAUAUGUCAGUCAAGCUCCAAAAUCACUAAAAACCACCAUAAAAGGAUCAAAGUAGUGCUACAUUCCAAGACUUCUGAAGACAUACGAACACUGUGUGAGGAACGAACUGAAAUUUAAGUCAUUAUUCACUGUUAUACCACGGGUCUGUUGAAUGCUUGAUUCUGAUUGGUUCACGGACGUUCUAAGGUGUGCAAUUAUUUUCAAGUAAACACACGGCUAUUUAGUAUUUCCAGGUCUGGACCGCAUAACGGUUCCAUAUCGCUUCGCCAAAUUAUUUCAGUUAUUUCAAAGAGCUGUACAGGCUACCGCAACAAAAUAACCAGUUAAAACAAAUUGGUUGAGUACACUGGAUUAGAAUGAUAAAUAAUAUCUUAAAAAAAAAAAUUCACUCGCACCACACCCACAUUUACACACACUAACUUGUUUCUUCAAUAAGUGCUUAAAAGCAGCGAAAGCCUCUGUUGCUGGUUCUAAAGUGACGUUUUCGAACUAGCAACGAAGGCUUGAGCUGUAUCAAAGAAAGACGCUGAAUCCGUGGCGGAAGAAAGCAGUUCCACUCACAAGAGCGUUUUAGGGAUGAAAAUCAGGUAAAUGUCUUUAGAUAAAACCCUGAACGAUGUCUUAAGGUGUGGUAACUGUUGUAUAAAUGGAAUAAUUGACUCUGGCCCGUUGAACUAUUGAAAAAUAAUGCACACCUGAGGUGCAACGGUCACUCCGCUGCGUGUCGUGACUGCAUUAUCACCUCCGGUGUGCAUUAUUUUUCAAUAAUUCAAUGGGCCAGAGUCAAUUAUGCCUUACAUAACCUUCCCCUCCGCUGAUGCUCGCAAAUAUCGUUCACGUUCAGACUUUCAUGUCAUUGCAGCCAAACAGCAUUGCUUUUUGCAUGUGUCUGAACUAGGGCUGUCAAUUUAUUUAAACCGACUGAAAUAAUUACAUUAUGUGCUGAUUAAUAAUCGCAAUUAAUUGUAUAUAUCAAAAUUUACUAAGAAAGUCCACCAAUAAAGAUAAAAAUAUAAUAAAUAUAAUUACGAUAUUUCAAAUACAUUACUUUAAAAGUCAACCCUCCGCUCUAUUUUAAUUGUUGGUCUAUGUACUCGUGCGUCAGACGAGCCCCGAUUUGUUUUUAUCAUCUCUAUUUAUAAAUGCUGUGUUUUAGGACGCUGUGUCAAAUUAAACAUAGUUUGAAACGUUGAAAAACGUGUUUUAAAAUCCCGGCAUUCUGUUGCUAUCGCUCCAGCUGUCUUUGAGUGAAAGAGUGUGUCAUCUGUUGAAGUCUGUGCUGUUCUUGCUGGUUUGAAAAGGUGUGUUGCGCUGACUGCCCCCUACUGACACUGAUUCACAAAAACAUCAAGGUGGUACAUCAAGCUUCAAUUUACCUACAGGUUACAUUUUUUCAACAGGUUAUUUUUCAGAUAGGUAAUCACACAAAAUGUAUGCAUUUAAAUGCCAGCCCUAGUCAUAAUUGAUAACAGAUGCACCAGAUUGAAUAUGUGGGAUGGAGAAUGAGAUUUGAGCAACAAUGAUAAAUUUGGGUUGGUUCCCCACACAGAGUAUAUAAUGACAUAAAUGUAAUUUUUGGGUGAAAAGUUUCUUUAAACUGUGCAGGACCUGUUCAGUGGUCUCAUUGAAAUGAUUCUGAACGUCAGUGUUUCCUCUGUCAUGUAAGAUUUGAGCUAAGAUUGGCCUUUAAUGGGGUGUACGCACUUUCAGCAGUGUUAUCCCACUCAGUCCUCACUGUAUUCACUGCACUGGAGCGUGAAGGAAGAGCUUCUCGUUGGGAAGACACCUGCUUCUUUGAUAAAACGGACUGAUAGACAUACCAGUGGAGAUCUAACUUCUGGGGACUUUCUGCUUCCUGUAGUGUUUUUUUUUUUUUUUUUUUUUUUAUUAUUGUAUUUUUUAUUUUAAAGUCUUUGUAGCAGCAUAAUUGGGUGUCAAAACACUGUUUUAAAUUAAGUAUUAAUUUCUAGAAUAUUGUGUCUCCUUAUUGGAGGAGCCUGUUUACCCUGUGACAUCAGAGACAUGUGUUAAUGACAGUAGCUAUUAUUGCUUUUGAUAUAAUAUCAAAAACAAUAGUAUGAUAUGAGUGAAAAAUACUUCUGAUGAUAUUAUGUAAUCUUUUAAAUUGCUAUGUCUAAUUUAGCAAUGGAUUGAUAGUUACCUUUAAUUGAGACUGUUGUCAUUAAUGAUCAGAUGUUUAUUAGGAUGUGUAUGUAUGAUUGUAAGCUCCUCGUAUUCUACACAACUUGACCAAAUCUACUCAUACAUGCUGAUAAUAUAAAGUGAUAAUAAUGACUUAUAAUAGGUGUUGACUAACAAAGUCUGCCAUAAAUUGGUAGCACUGUUGUCAAACCAGUAACGUAUGUACAAUAACCUUUUUCAGUAAUUUCACCUUAAUAAUUCGGUAAUGUAAUAAUUAGAAAUGUGGUGUUUAUUUCUGAGAGCUCAGGCCCCACACACCCUUCCCGUUUUACCCCGCCACAGGGUGUUUGUGUGUGUCUGUGUGUGUCUGUGAGUGUGUGUCUGUGUGUGUUUGUGUCUGUGUGUGUGAGUGUAUUUGUGUGUCUGUGUGUGUGUGUGUGUGUGUGUGUGUGUGUGUGUGUGUGUGUGUGUGUGUGUGUGUACAAGUUUUAAACCGCUCUAGUGCCUUCCAACAGCAUCUACUUUGACAUCUUCAUCUUUAAAAAUUCGUAAUAAAGAUAAUGUUUGA